AUGGCAAGCUUCCGCUGCUUGUUACUCCCAGCAUGCCUUCUUCUUCUUCUUCUUUUUGUUCUCCUGUUUCUCUCUAUUCCGCCAUUGUUUGACCUGUCACAAGUAACUGAAGCUAUUCCAUUAGCAUCUUUCUUUCCCAUAACUGCCAUGAGAGAAGGCAACAAGCCCAUGAAAGCUAUAUUCAUCAAAAAGAAGAAGACGAGCUUGAGGAUGAUCGAAGCAAGUUUGGCCGAAGCUCGAGUGUCGAUCCGAAAUGCAGUUCGGUGGAAAAACUUCACAUCAGAGAAGAAAGAAACUUACAUUCCCAGAGGCUCCAUUUACCGAAAUCCUUAUGCUUUUCAUCAAAGCCACAUAGAAAUGGUGCAGAGGUUCAAGGUAUGGAGUUACAGAGAAGGGGAACAGCCUCUGGUCCAUGAUGGUCCAUUGAAUAGCAUAUACGCCAUUGAAGGCCAAUUUAUAGAUGAGUUAGAUUGCAGCAAGAGCCCUUUUAGAGCUAGCCAUCCUGAUCAAGCUCAUGUGUUUCUUCUCCCUAUGAGCAUUACCAACAUCAUUCAUUUCAUUUACAGACCAAUUACCUCUCCCGCCGACUACAACCGUGAUCGGAUGCACCAUGUGAUAACUGAUUACAUUCGAGUAAUUGCCAACAGGUAUCCAUAUUGGAACCGAAGCGAAGGUGCUGAUCAUUUUAUGGUUUCAUGCCAUGAUUGGGCACCAGAAAUGUCAGAUGCCAACCCCCAACUGUUCAAGAACUUCAUCAGGGUAGUAUGCAAUGCAAACAUCACAGAAGGCUUUCGUCCCGACAUAGACAUUUCACUCCCAGAAAUCAACAUCCAUCCUGGAACUUUAGGGCCACCUGACUUAGGCCAGCCACCAGAAAGCCGCACAAUUCUAGCUUUCUUCGCUGGAGGAGCUCAUGGAUACAUAAGGAAGAUCAUGAUCCAACAUUGGAAGGAAAAAGACAAUGAAGUUCAAGUUCAUGAAUACCUUCCUAAGAACCAAAAUUACACCAAAUUGAUUGGAAAAAGCAAGUUUUGUCUCUGCCCGAGUGGCUAUGAAGUGGCAAGCCCGAGGGUGGUGGAAGCCAUCUAUGGUGGUUGUGUUCCAGUGAUCAUUUCUGAUAAUUAUUCAUUACCAUUCAGCGACGUUCUAGAUUGGAGUCGGUUUUCGGUGCAGAUACCUGUUAAGAAAAUACCAGAAAUAAAAACAAUCUUGAAGGCUAUCUCAGAAGAGAAGUAUUUGAAGAUGUACAAAGGAGUGAUGAAAGUAAAGCGGCAUUUCAAGAUAAAUAGGCCUGCUAAGCCAUUUGAUGUAAUUCAUAUGCUGCUUCAUUCACUGUGGCUUAGAAGGCUUAACUUUGGCCUUCCUCAUUGAAAACAGCUCUAAUUAGGCAAAAUUCAAAAACCCAUUUGCUAUAGUUAGAAUGAGAGAUAGAGAGGAUU